UCGUUGCUUAAGAAUCCCCUCACACUCUCUCUCUCUCGCCUGGGAACUACGCCACCAUGGUUACCGCCACCGCCGCCCCGCAGUUCCGCCUCUCCUCGCUCCCAAACCGUGCCGGGAUCUGCCGCUUCCCUGGAGGAACCCAUCACGAUCACCUCCCUUCCUUCUCGCCCCCUUCCUCUUCCCGCCCUUUCCCUUCCCUCUCCCUCCGGCUCCUCCUUCCCCGCUACGCAAACCCUAGCCUCUCGCAAAGCCUAACCUCCCCCGACUCCGCCGUGCUAUCCGGUGGCGGAUCCUCGAUCCCACCCAAUGGCCCCGGUGAUAACGGCCGUGGCGGAAGCGGCGGCGAUGGCGCCCCUGACGAUGAUCGCCACCGCGGGGAGCCGGCCUCGUCCGAUCCUAGCGGCCCCCUUGGCCUCUUCCUCCAGGGGUGGCGUUCUAGGGUUUCUGCCGAUCCCCAGUUCCCCUUCAAGGUCCUCAUGGAGGAGCUCGUCGGCGUCACUUCGUGCGUCCUCGGCGACAUGGCUUCGCGCCCCAACUUCGGCCUCAACGAGCUCGACCUCGUAUUUUGCACCCUGGUCGUGGGAUCAAUUGUUAACUUCGUCCUCAUGUACCUCCUCGCUCCCACUUCCGCAUCCGCCGCCUCCUCCGCCCUUCCCGGCAUCUUCGCCGCCUGUCCCACCAGCCACAUGUUCCAACCCGGCCAUUACUCCCUCCUCUCCCGGCUCGGCACCUUCGUCUACAAAGGCGCCACCUUUGCCGCCGUUGGCUUCGCCGCGGGCCUUGCGGGGACCGCCAUAUCGAACGGGUUGAUUGCACUGCGCAAGAAGAUGGAUCCCGAGUUCGAGACGCCGAACAAGCCUCCUCCCACGGUGCUGAAUGCUCUGACGUGGGCGAUACACAUGGGAUUGAGCAGUAAUUUCCGCUACCAGACAUUGAACGGCGUGGAGUUCGUGAUGGAGAAGGCGUUGCCGUCCGCCGGUUUCAAGGCUUCGGUGGUGGUGCUGAGGUGCUUGAACAAUGUGCUCGGCGGGAUGUCUUUUGUUAUGCUUGCGAGGUUGACAGGGUCGCAAAAGGCGGCAGGGAGCGUGGACCAGAAGGAAGAGAUCAAGGAGAAAUUGGCAAGCCACAGUGCUACUCCAUUCGCAGAGGAUGGUGAUGGAGAGCUUCGAAAGAGAGAUGCACUAUGUAGAUUUUGAUGUCUUCCUAUGCCAGACUUAAUGCGAUGACGUCGAAGUGAUGUUCUCAUCGACAAAUUUCCCAACAUUGUUUCUGUGGCCUUUCUUCCACCAUUUCUACUAGUCCUAGCAGACUCUUCAGCACUCUGUUGCCCACAGAAACAGACCAUUCCAACCUGCUCAAGACUCUGGAUAUAGGUAUUCAAAAUCAUUCCAAACACAUACAUACAUCUUCCUUGCAGGUCUUGUCACCUUCUUGUAGAUGAAUGGUUAUUGGCAUGCUAAAUAUUUGUUUCAUGUAUUACAUUAUAAAUGACACCUACCCCUUCUUUUUAUCCUUGGAGAAGAAACAAAUACAUGAUCUGUGGUUUAGCAAGAUA